GUGACGAAAGUCUAGGCGUUUACUGCUACGACGUCACUAGCUGACUUGGAAGAAAGCUUUUUAUUAUGCAGUUGCCAUGGCAGGUUCUGUACACUUGAUGGAUCCAGAGGAUCCUGCACAAGGCAGUAGACUGAGGUGUGAUCUGGGGUACACUGAAGCAAUAAAUCAACAAAUGAGAGUCCCAGAUAAACUUAAAGUGGCAGAGGUACCUUCAGAUGAUGCAAUUGAAGAGCAAGAGGAUUCUUCAUCAUUGUCAUUUAGCAUGCAUAUACCUGACAGGCUGUCUGUAGCAGCAGAUAUCUCAUGUGGAAAUUUCAGACCUUCGUUUUUUACAAACUCUUCUACCAAAUGUUUGAUUCCAGCCACUGAUCUCCACUAUCCACCUCUUCUACAAAUACAUAGGGAUCAAAAAUUCACAGACUGGAACAGAAGAAAUGCAAGAGAGGUAUCCCUUCGCAGAACACAAAGUGAGAGUACUUUCAGUAAGACACCAUUAGGGCUUUGUGAAGCUCUAAAACAACAGCAGAAUCUCAGAAGCCUGAAGCCAGUGAACUCUGCAUCAAUCCACACCACUACAGAACCUGACCAAAAUCUCCUGUCAACCCAUCGUGUUCACCACCUUGCUAAAUAUUUAUGGCAGCAUGCCUUACAGCGUCUUCUGCAAGCCUUCAAUCAAACAUUAGCUAAAAGGUAUGGUUUUCCAAAAGGCACUUUGUCUGAAAAUACACGCCAUUCAUUUUCUGAAAAUGUCAGGAAAAGUAGCAAUCUUGACUCUGGAGUUGCUAUUGAACAAGAAGAUGUCAGUCCUGUGGAUAUCAUUGCAUUGAAAAGACAGGUAACCAAGAUGACUAGAAGACUGAUGGCAGUGGAAAAGCAGAAUGCUAAGCACAGACAUAAUGAAAUUAUAUUGUUCUCUAUUCUGUUAAGUGCCUGCGUCUUUAAUAGCUGGUUAUGGCUGCGUAGGUAAAUGUGCCACAUUAGGGCAGUUUCAGUAGAGUUACGAUGAUCGGAAAAGUACAUGUGAGUAGUUUAUGAGUAACACUUACUGUAAGUGCACUGCUGCCGACACAUUAUAUUACAUUCACAUGGUUUCCCUGCUGACUCCGAAUAAAACCAAAAAAUAUUGUUUGUGGCAAUUGUAGAAAAUAUUUAUUUAUGAUUUUUAAGGUAAGGCUAAUAUAUAUUUUAACAUGAUACAGUAUACACAGCUGAUGAUUAUCAAUAAUGGAAAAAUGUCCAAUGGUUGAUCAACUAUGUGGAACAUUACUAAACAUAAACUACAUGCAAUUUUCAGAUAUAUCAAACGCACUUGAAACGCACUUUAUUUUUAGUUUUCUCAAAGAUUUUAAACCUGGUAAACUAUCAUUGUUUAUUUUCAACAAAAUUUUUUAAAAAACAUACACACUCUUGCAAAAGAAGAUGAGGUAAUGGAAGGGCAGCUGUCAAAGAGUCCCAACAGUUUGUUUGAAAGAAAGUUAAAAGUUCAAUAAGGAGAUUUUAGUGUUUUUUUUUUUAUUUUUAUUACAUUAGUAAUUAUAAUUAGCAAUAGUUCAGUGACUCAUUUUGUAUUUGCAAGCACAGGUGUGUGGCAUAUUAAGACUUUUCUUAAACAGAUUUAACUUUCUGUUUAACAUCUAUUUAAGAAAUGAACAGCCGGAAGGGACAGGGUGGAUGUAAAUGAUAUACAGUACAUCAUGACUUGGCUUUUCUGGAUAAAGUAUUUGUGGUGGCAAUUUACCCUUCUGAUGCAAUGUUAAGGGUCUUAUUUUUCUGCCAGAUCAUUUUUAAAACUGCAUUUUUCUUGUCUGUGAAUUGCAAUAAACUGUUCGUAUACACAGUA